AUGUCCAUCCUUGGAAGGCUGGCGCUUCUGGUCGGGCUUGCAACAGCCUUGCCUUUGACCUCGACAAUUGAAAGCGACGCUGGUGUCAACAACACCAUCAUUACGAGUUCUGCUCUCGAUUCUCGUGCUGCGGCAGCUUCUUCAUCCUCGUGGUGGUUCCCAAACAUCGACUAUUCGAACUCGGACUGGGCCAACUAUGAUCCCAACUUGGGCAACAACUACAACUAUCCGGUCUACGUAUCCGUCAGCGAUGCGAACGGUCUGACCAACGCCAUUGCUUCGAACAACCGACCCAAUGGCGAUCUCGCUGCCCAGCCCCGUGUCAUCUACAUUGCACCCGGCACCUACACCUUGUCUUCCACCUUGUACCUGUACACGGACACGAUCCUGAUCGGUGAUGCUGUCAACCCACCGACGAUCCGUGCCUCUUCCAACUUCGAUGGCAGUCAGCUCAUCGCUGGUGGCAAGGACCAAAACGACAACGAUGGUGGCGGCGAGCUCAAGUUCUCCACCAUGAUCAAGAACGUCAUUCUCGACACUACUGCCAACUCUGGCCAGAGACAAUUUACUGCUCUGUCGUGGAGGGUCGCUCAGAACUCUGGCCUGGUCAACGUUGUGAUCAACCUCCCAUCGGGUGCUCACACCGGUAUGACUGUCGGCCAAGGCUCGACUAUCCAGAUCGGCGAUGUAACUUUCAAUUACGGUAACAUCGGUCUUGAGUAUGAUGGAUCCCAGCAAGCCACCCUCAAGAACCUCGCAUUCAACAAAUGCACCACUGGUAUCUCCAUCACGGGCGGAAAUACCAUUAACAUCUUCCAUCCGACUUUCAACACCGUCGGCUUCCCGAUCGUCCUUCAGGACGGUGUCGGAGCCUGGGUGUCUGUGGUUGACGGUACCACCACCAACUCCGGAACCUUCUUCAACAGCAAGAACAAGUACCCGAACUUCAUGCUCGAGAACAUUGUCGCCGACUCCUCGAAGAACCCCGUCGUGGUCGUCGCCGGUACCACCAAGGUGUCGGGCCGCACCCAAACCAACACCUACGUGUACGGCAACACGGUCGGCGCGAACCCAAUCUACCAGACCAACAACCAGCCCGUCAACAUGAACCGCCCUUCAGCGUUGACCACCGGCAAUGGCUUCUACCCCGUCGUCACCGCCAACCAAUACCAGGAAGCCCGCGUGUCGGACGUCAUCAACCUGAAGAACUACAACCAAAACGGCGGCGUCAAGAUCAAGGGUGACGGCAACACCAACGACGGGCCCAACCUCCAAUCCGCCCUCAACUACGCCGCCCAGCAAGGCAAAAUCGCCUUCCUCCCCUACGGCGUCUACCGCACCCUCCAAACCAUCACCAUCCCCGCCGGGACCGAGCUAGUCGGCAACGGCUGGUCCACCAUCAGCGGCUACGGCAGCGCCUUCACCGACGCAUCCAACCCCAAACCCGUCGUGCAGAUCGGAACCCCGGGAAGCUCCGGCACUGCCCACAUCCAAGACAUCCGCUUCACCGUCGGCCAGCAACUCCCCGGCGCCAUCAUCCUGCAGGUCAACCUCGCGGGCUCCAAGCCCGGCGACGUCUCCAUCUCCAACUCGCUGAUCACCGUCGGCGGCCUGCCGGACACGGAGAUCAACUGCGGCAACGCCGCCUCCUGCCAAGCCGCCUACCUGGGCCUGCACCUUAGCAGCUCCUCCUCGGCGUACAUCGACAACAUGUGGGUGUGGGUCGCCGACCACCCGUCCGACGGCAGCGGCAACGACAUCCACAUCGCGGCCAAGGGCGGCGUCCUGGUCGAGGCGACCAAGGGCACCUGGCUCGCGGGCCUGGGCGCCGAGCACUUCUGGCUGUACCAGGUCAGCUACAACCGCGCGGCCAACGUCUUCAUCAGCCUGCUGCAGUCCGAGACCAACUACCAGCAGGGCCAGGACUCGAACGGCAACCAGAUCCGGCCGCGGCCGGCCGCGCCGUACGCCAACGCCCUGACGGCGAGCGACCCGGACUUCUCGUGGUGCGGCAACCGCGGGCCGACGUGCUACAAGAGCGUGGCGCAGUACUUCAGCAAGAACAAGAGCAGCGCCAUCUACAGCUACGCCGCGGGCAGCUGGAACUUCGACAUCUUCGGCGGCACCCAAGACUUCAUGAACGUGAUGAGCAGCGUGCCGGACGCCUCCAAGUUCUACGGCUUGACCGCCCACAACACCCAGCUGGUCAUGAGGUUGCCCGACGGCUCCAGUUUUGGAGACGCGGAUCACUACGGCGGCAGUUGGGGCAACCUGGUGGCGGCGUACAGCACUUAG